GAAGAAAAAUAAGAGUUGAAUAGUUUUUGAUGGUGAAGGUUUUGGCAACUGGUUUGGAGAAGAAUUGUAUAAAGUUAAAAUCUGGGUGCUGUUGAUUCUUGUUGAAUUCCUUUUUGUCACCUCACUUGUUAUAAACACCAACCAAUUUCUCUCCUUCUUUUCAUCUACCUUUCUACUGCUUCCGUUUUCUUCUCUCUUCAUAAUCAUAACACAACAACAUACUUAAUAGCCUCUCUUUUCUUCUUGCUUCCUAAAUCAUUCUUAAAUGGCUCACGCUACCUCUUCAGGACAAUCCAAUGAUAUCAAUAAUGAAGACGGCAAGGAAACAAGUUCACUAGUUGUUUGUUUUGGGGAAAUGUUAAUAGACUUUGUUCCAACUGUGGGAGGAGUGUCACUGGCUGACGCACCCGCUUUCAAGAAAGCUCCUGGCGGAGCUCCUGCCAACGUGGCUGUCGGUAUCUCUAGACUGGGAGGUUCAUCUGCUUUUAUUGGCAAGGUUGGAGCAGAUGAAUUUGGGUACAUGUUAGCUGACAUUUUGAAGCAGAACAAUGUUGAAACAUCUGGCAUGCGGUUUGACACUAAUGCAAGAACUGCAUUAGCUUUUGUUACCCUUAGAGCUGAUGGUGAACGCGAGUUCUUGUUUUUCCGCAAUCCAAGUGCUGAUAUGCUCCUUCAAGAGUCAGAACUUGAUAAAAAUAUCUUAAAACAGGCUAGAAUAUUUCAUUAUGGCUCCAUCAGCUUGAUUGAUGAGCCAUGCAAGUCAGCUCACCUUGCUGCUAUGAGCAUUGCCAAAAAAUCUGGUUGCAUUCUCUCUUAUGAUCCAAAUUUGAGAUUGGCUCUAUGGCCUUCAGAAGAUGCUGCUCGAAAAGGCAUCAUGGAUAUAUGGGAUCAAGCUGAUGUCAUAAAGAUAAGUGAGGAUGAGAUUACAUUUUUGACUGGUGGAGAUGAUCCUCAUGAUGAUAAUGUUGUUUUGAAUAAACUUUUUCAUUCAAAUCUCAAGCUUUUAAUCGUUACUGAAGGGUCAAAAGGUUGCAGAUAUUACACCAAGGAAUUUAAGGGCAGGGUUGCAGGUGUCAAAGUUAAACCUGUAGACACAACUGGUGCUGGAGAUGCAUUUGUUAGUGGGAUUUUAUACCGCAUAGCUUCUGACCAAACUAUUUUUCAGAAUGAGAAACUUCUCCGAAAGGCUUUAUAUUUUGCUAAUAUGUGCGGUGCCAUCACUGUAACUGAGAGAGGUGCAAUUCCUGCACUACCUACAAAGGAAGCUAUCUUGGAAUUCUUAAUAGAAGCAGCUGUAAUAUAACAGAUGUUCAGGUUUUUGUUAUAAUUUGUUGUUAGGCAUUUGUUAUAAUUUGUUAAGCUAUAGCAUAGGUGAAGCUGAUCUUUUUUUUUUUUUUUAAUUAAAAUGUUUGGCUGUGUAGUUUUCUUAUAUAAAUUCAAUUUGUCUUGUGCUCUCAAGUUUUGGGAUGUGGAACAGCUGAGCUCAGGAAUUAGCUCUAGGUUUAAGAUUUUUAAUAAAAUCAAAGGGUAAUCGGCUAUA